AUGUCCUCCACCCCCAGAGUCUGGCUUAUCACCGGCGCCUCCUCCGGCCUCGGCCGCGAGAUUGCCCUCCGCGCCCUCGCCCAAGGCGACAUCGUCUUCGCCACCGCUCGCAACACGGCCAAGAUCCCUGAAUCUUUGACCUCCCAGGAACUUUGCAUUCCCGAGACCCUGGACGUCACCUCCCCCGAUGCCGUCCUCGCCGAGACCGUCGCCCGCAUCGUCUCCCAUCCCAAGAACGUUUCGGGCCGCAUCGACAUCGUCGUCAACUCGGCCGGCUACGUCCUGGCCGGCGGCUGCGAGGAGGCCUCCGCCGAGGAGGCUUUCGCUCAGUUCAACACCAACGUUUUGGGCCAGCUGGCCGUCGGCCGCGCCGUGCUCCCUGUUCUGCGCCGUCAGCGCGCCGGAACCUUGGCGAACGUGGGCUCCAUCCUGUCCUACCUCGGUCCCCCGGGCGGUGGUCUGUACAGCAGCACCAAGGCCGCGUGCUCCAUCCUGUCCGAGGCUCUGACGGGCGAGGUCAAGCACCUGGGCAUCAAGGUCACCUGCAUUGAGCCCGGCUACUUCAGGACGUCCGUCCUCGACCAGGGCCAUCUGAUCCAUCCCGCCCGGACGAUUCCCGAGCUCAGGGGCCCCAACGGAAGCGAGGAGAUGAAGAAGACGUUGGCUAUGUGGGAGGCGGCCAACAACAAGCAGCCUGGCGACCCCAAGAAGCUGGCGGCUGUUGUUGUCGACGCCCUCAGUGGAAACGGCAAGUAUGCGGACCGUGAACUGCCCGCGAGACUGCUUAUUGGAAGGGAUGCCUAUGAGAUUUGGGCGGCGGUGCAGGAGAAGCAGAAGAAGCAGAUGGAGGAGUGGAGGGAGGAGUGCACGAGCACGGAUUUUACUGAGUAA